GUCUUUUUUUUCGGAACUUUUAUCAAACAGGUGGUCUGCUGUGGGGAAAUUCUUGCUUUUGGCCUCCCUGAAGGGUCAUCCUUCAUGGGCUGUGCGCAUGGGAAGUCUUGUGGGCACCGCCCACGAUCUUCGGACUCUGAUUCUCGGGAGUUUCAAGAGGUGAGUCAAUUCAGUGUCCAUGGAAAGCACAUACUCACCGAGAGGUCCAUAGAGUUUGUGCCUGUUCCUUCACGCAACUUUCGUUUGGAGUACUCUGUUCUGACGCAGCGUGGUUACUACCCCGAUUCGCCUGACAAGGAAAACGAAGAUAGCUUUUGCAUUCGGACCCAAGUUCAGGGUAACCCAAAUCUCCAUUUCUUUGGUGUGUUUGAUGGGCAUGGUCUAUUUGGUGCCCAGUGUUCCAAUUUCGUUAGGGACAGAUUGGUGGAUAUCUUAGCAAAUGACCCUAGACUAUUGGACGAUCCUGUUAACGCCUACAGUUCGGCGUUUGUAAGGACAAAUCACGAGUUGCAUGAUAGCGAGAUAGACGACACGAUGAGUGGUACUACCGCUAUUACAGUUCUUGUUGUUGGGGAUAAGCUUCUUGUUGCAAAUGUGGGUGAUUCAAGGGCAGUUAUCGCGCUUAAAGUUGGCGACAGAGUUUUAGCUGAGAAUUUGUCCUCUGAUCAAACCCCGUUUAGGCGAGACGAGUAUGAGAGAGUGAAGCUUUGUGGAGCCACGGUUCUGAGCCUAGAUCAAUUGGUUGGGCUAGAGGAUCCUGAUAUACAGACAUGGGGUGAUGAAGAGAGUGGAGGCAGUGAUCCUCCGAGGCUGUGGGUUCAGAAUGGAACGUAUCCGGGCACCGCCUUCACGAGGAGUAUAGGAGAUAGUACAGCUGAGGGAAUUGGUGUGAUUGCCGAUCCUGAAGUGUGCACGGUUCAGCUCACACCUGAUCAUUUGUUCUUUGUUGUUGCAAGUGAUGGAGUUUUCGAGUUUCUCUCUAGCCAAGCCGUUGUCGAUAUGGUAGCAAGUUAUCCUGAUCCUAGAGAUGCAUGCGCUGCCAUUGCUGGAGAAUCAUAUAAACAAUGGUUGGCUCAUGAAAACCGAACGGAUGAUAUAACAAUCAUUAUUGUACAUGUUAAAGACUUGCGUAAUGCAGGUGCCAAUGCUGCAAGGACAGCAUCCUUAAGAAUGGGAGGAGGAAGCUCCAACUCAUCCUUUACGACUGCAUCAGAAAUGUAUAGAUCGAUGAGGAGUGAGAUUUCUGUUUUUGAGACUUACCAGCGCACCAUUUCUAACGACCGAAGUCAUGCGAUUGUUGUUCCAUCUCCGUUACGAUCACCUCAGUCGUAGCUUUGAUGAAAGGACAUUCUUUGAGCUGCCUAAUAUCCUGAGAUAGGAAGACAUGGAGACAUGUGAAUUGUUAACCAACUGAUGGCUCAAAAAGAUUCGACUGCAUCAUUUGGUAGCAAUUGAAAUGCUGAGGCUAUGUCCGACUUUGCCAAUAAAUCCGUUGCUAAUUGAAGAACACACUGUCUGCAAGAACAGAGCACCGGCCCACCAG